AUGGCUCUAGCACAAAACAUUGGGGUUCCAUGGAUCAUGUGUCAGCAACCUGAUGCUCCUCAACCUAUCAUCAAUACUUGCAAUGGAUACUAUUGUCAUAAUUUUAAACCCAAUAACCCAAAAAGUCCUAAAAUGUUCACUGAAAAUUGGAUUGGUUGGUUCCAAAAUGGGGUGAAAAGGUUCCCCAUAGAAGUGCUGAAGAUUCAGCUUUCUCAGUUGCACGCUUUUUUCCAAAAUGGAGGUGUCUUAAACAACUACUACAUGUACCAUGGAGGAACCAACUUUGGCCGCACAGCAGGUGGACCAUAUAUCACAACAUCUUAUGACUAUGAUGCACCAAUUGACGAGUAUGGGAAUUUGAAUCAACCAAAAUGGGGACAUCUUAAGCAACUUCAUGCAGCAAUUAAAUUGGGUGAAAAUGUUCUUACAAAUUAUACAUCAAUAAAUGAUAAGGAUCUGGGAAAUGGAAUCACACUUACAACAUACUCUAAUUCCAAUGGCGCAAGAUUUUGUUUCCUGAGCAAUAAUGACACUAGCAAAGAUGCAAAUGUUGACUUACAAAAUGAUGGUAAAUACUUUAUUCCUGCCUGGUCCGUCACCAUUCUUAAUGGAUGCAACAAAGAAAUUUUCAAUACAGCAAAGGUUAACAGUCAAACCUCAAUAAUGGUGAAAAGGAGUGGUGAUAAUAGUUCUAAUGGACUCACAUGGAAAUGGAAAAUGGAGCCAAAGAAAGACACCUUGAAUGGAAAGGGAAAUAUUAAAGCACACGAGCUUUUGGAGCAGAAGGAACUAACCUUGGAUGCUAGUGACUAUUUAUGGUACAUGACUAGUGUUGACAUCAAUGACACUUCAAUUUGGAGUAAUGCGACUCUCAGUGUGAAUACUAUGGGCCAUACACUUCAUGGUUAUGUUAAUAGGAAGUAUAUAGGAUACCAAUUUAGCCAAUGGGGAAAUAAAUUCACUUAUGAAACGAAAGUUUCUUUGAAGAAUGGAACAAACAUUAUAACUUUGCUUAGUGCCACCGUCGGGCUUGCAAAUUAUGGUGCAUGGUUUGACGAGAUAAAAACGGGCAUUUCAGGUGGCACUGUUGGUUUGAAUGGUGAGAGGAAACGUUUAUAUGAUUUGCAAUCACAUGUCGGUGUGUCAUGGAACACUAAUUCACCUAAUAUUCCUAUUGGGAAACCUAUGACUUGGUAUAAGUCAGAGUUUAAAGCUCCAGUUGGAACAAACCCUAUUGUGGUGGACUUCCAAGGCCUAGGUAAAGGACAUGCUUGGGUGAAUGGACAUAGCAUUGGUCGUUAUUGGCCUUCUUGGAUUACAACUACAAAUGGAUGCAGUGACACGUGCGAUUAUCGUGGAAAAUAUGUAAAGGAAAAGUGCAACACCAAUUGUGGAGGUCCAUCACAAAGGUGGUAUCAUGUACCAAGGUCAUUCUUGAAUGAUAACAUGAACACAUUGGUUUUAUUUGAAGAAAUAGGUGGUAAUCCUCAAAGUGUUCAGUUCCAAACGGUGACAAUAGGAACUAUUUGUGCUAAUGUAUAUGAAGGCUCACAACUAGAACUAUCAUGCCAAAAUGGACAAGUAAUUUCACAAAUCCAGUUUGCUAGCUUUGGAAAUCCACAAGGUCAAUGUGGUUCUUUUAAGAAAGGCUCUUGGGAAGCUACAGAUAGUCAAUCUGUUGUGGAAGCUGCAUGCAUAGGAAAAACUAAUUGUGGAUUUAUAGUCACAAAAGAAAUGUUUAGUGUUCCAUUUGGCGUAACAAAUAGUACAGCUAGAUUAGCCGUGCAGGUGACAUGUUAA